AUGAAAAUAUGCACUUACGACUCGCUGUAUCAAGAUUUCGUGGUUGCACAUAACAGAUACAACAAGUACAAACGAGUGACCUUCACCUUUCCAACUGAACUGGCCAAUCACAUGGAGGUACUGCCCAGUACUGCCAUCGUCCAGUCAUCUUCCUCUUUCAAGUUUUUUAUCAAAUUUCUACCGAGGAAGAUGUUAGCAAGCGAUGCGCCAUCGUACUUUGAUGCCAGUACAUCUGUACUCCGAGUACCCAUUUCAGUACAUGUCUCCGAUCAGACACAGCCACACGAACUUGAGAUGCACGCAGUGGUGACCACAAGUGACGUCAUCAUAGAGCCACGCCACAUCAACUUCAACUACUGCACAACAUACGAACGUGUGUCGGCAAACGUCACCGCGCAAAAUUCGUCACUGCUACCACAAAAUAUCGGCUUCGUUGAUCUCCCACCUGAGAUAUCGGUCCAGCCGAACGACGGAUUCAUGACGAUGCUUCCCAUGGAGAAGAUGGAGGUCUGCCUCACGUUCGCACCCGCCCAACAAAAACAUUACAAGUUCUCACUCGUCUGCAAAAACUUCAAGAACAAAGAUUUCAAGUUGACGUGCGAGGGUUGGGGCGUGGUACCCCCUGUCCAACUUUCGCAUCAGCUGAUCCUCCUCCAAUUGGUGGCCGUGGAUGACCACAGAGAACUGCUCCGUGUAAGUUACAAGCCCCGCCUACACGAGCUGUCAAUCAAGCAGGAAGCUGCCAGGUUGAUGCAGGUUGAGAUGGAGCGUACGAAGCAGCAGCAGAUGACGAAGAGGAGGAGUCUGACGGCUGAGAAUAUCACAGGUGACACGAAGAACAAAAAAUCAGCAACCAGGGCUGCUGCUGGUGAAGCUGCUGCUGCUACUGCUGCUAACCACAACGACGACAAACGCAUUGGCGGCAGUGGCGGUGAUGUCAUGAAAGCUGGCGGUGGUGAGAAGAUCGGUGGUGGUGGUGGUGGCGAUAGUGAUGCUGCUCCCACGUACUCCGAUGUAGUUGUUGGGAACAGUGAGUACAUGUUGGCACGCAUUUCCCUGAUGAAGAGGAUGAGUGCCAGCAGUUUGCGACACAAGUUCCCAUGUUACAUCGGCUGCAGGUCCAAACGGGAAGACGUCUGCACGCCAGUCCUUGAUCCCAACAGCACGAUCUACCUUGAAGUCCACUGCUCAAUGAUGCCGCCCGAACUUCAGCUGGUCAAUGACCUUGCCAGUGACGUCGUCGAGUUCGGUCACGUGUUUGUAGGUCAUUACGUCAUCAGGACUCUUGUCGUUAGGAACGUCUCCGGAUUUGAUGUGCAGCUGGGCGGUUCCUUGUUGGACACGCAUUCAAACUUCAGCGUGUUGAACUCGUGGAGGUGCAUCAAACCGGACGAGACGCACAACUGCAGGGUCAAGUUUGAGCCAAAGUUCAAUAAUAAGGUCAAGGUCAUGGUCAUCGUUAUAAUGGCUCUGAUCAUUAUUGUAAUUUGUAUGAACAAAAAAUGUAUUUUGGCCAUCAUAGCCGUUAAACCAGAUGAAUUUGAACUAGAGAUUGUAUACAAUCUCGAUAAAGAAUUUUUCGAUAAACACGAUUCGACUCCUGUUUUUUUCCCUAAAUUUUGGAUUCUUUGGUAUUCGUUCUACGAAAGCUUGACCAUUAAAGGCCACAUGACCUCACUGCACGUGACCUUGAAAGGUGAAGGUCGCUGUAUGAAACUCGAAGUGCCAUUGGUUGAUAGGAUGGUGGACUUUGGAAAGGUCAUGGUGGGUGAGAGAGUUGAGGAGUUGUUCAAGAUAACAAACAGGACAGAUCUGCCAUUGAAGUAUGCCAUCUCCAUUGAUGGACAGUCCAAAUAUAAGGAUCACCAUGUCGUCAACAUGACGUCAGUGUACGGAGUUUUUGAUUGCACACCAUGCCACGGAGUGCUUGCAGCCGGUAAAGCUUUUCAAGAUAUCUUGGUAUCCUGUCAAGCGGAUGUACUCGUUUGUGACGUAUGUGAUGUUGGUCAUAUCGUCACUUCCGGUCAAGAGGAGAUGUACACAUUCAGAAUGAGGUGUCAGGUCAAAGGUCAUACAUUUUAUCUCGAGGGCGGCGACUUUAUUCAUCCAUCGCUCGUUCAUUCAUUCUCUCUUGAUCCUCCACUUCCGGCCGAGAAUGAGGAUGGCGACGCUAAAGAGGCUACUGCUACUACCGCCAACGAUAUUGACUACCUCCAACCGAUCAUCAUUAAAGUCACCGGUUCAUUUGAUGAUGACGAUGAAGGUGACGACAACAACGAUGGUUGCAACAACAAUAACAACAACCACAAUAAUAAUAAUAACAAUAAACGUAAUAAUAACAGUGGUUAUGAUAACGACCUAGGGUCAAAGGUGAAAGUGUUAACGGUUGGCUGCGUGAAGCUAUCGAAGAGUACAAAAUUUAAAAAGAAUGUUGAAUGGUAUUUUGAAGAUAUGCAGUCUGCGCUGUUCAGUGGAUUCUCAAUCAGUCCCACUAAGGGUAUAAUUGAAAGCGGGCACGAACAACAAAUAACCAUCAGCUGGAAACCCAACGCUAGCACGUGCCAGGUGAACAAACCGUGCUCAAGCGAGAUGAUGAUGAUAAUGAAGGGUGAUGUCGUGGGAAGGGUCAAGGUUCACCUUAUUGGGGUCGUCAAGUGA